UAAAAUGACAUUACUUUGCCGUUUAAUGACGUCAUUUGACGUCAAAAUAACGUAACACUUGCUACCUGCGGGAUAAUACAAACCCAAGUAGUAAACUGACGUCAUUAAACGUCAAAAUGACGUCGUAUGCUUUGCUAUACUUGGGAAAUAAUUCCUCCCAAUAUUGCAAUAGUUUGUAACUAUGUAUAUAUAUAUAUAUAUAUAUGAAACAAACUUAAAUAAAGGCAGUAAUAUAUCUCUUAUCAUUGAGUUUUUGAAGCUUCCAUAACAAUAUAGACUACUUAAAAUAAUUAAAGCGAGCGAUAAAAUAAAUAACUACAGCGUGAACCCCGAAUGGAGCAUAUUUGCGAAGUAUCGCCGAAGGAGGAUCCAUUGACAAAAAUGAUCUCCGGGACUUCGGUCUGGUCCAGAAUACGCCGCUGGUUCCUCGGAACGCGAAUAACGUCGCGACGACACCCCUUCACAGGGUGGUGUUUGAAGAGCACCCGGGCGAUCGAUUACGAGAUCAGCCGCCACCUCAAAUCUCAUCCCUACAUGAUCCAUCCCUUCAGUUCCUUCAGAAUAUUUUGGGAGUCCACUAUGACGCUGUUUAUCAUAGCCACUCUGCUGAUCACACCCGUCUUUCUCACGUUCUACUUCGACGAGUACGCAAAGUUGUACAUGUACAACAAUGCGAUCGACGCCGUCCUCAUAUGCGACAUAAUAAUCUGGUUCUUCACCGGCCACUACGACAGUCGCACGCAACAGGUGACUCUGGAUCCAAAGAUUGUAGCGAGCAAGUAUUUGCGGGGUUUCUUCUUCCUAAAUGCGUUAUCCGUACUACCAUUGGAGUUUAUCAUCGUCCUCACCGACUCGAUGUGGUACCUGGCUUCACUAGACCUGCUGAAGUUACUGUGGAUCCGAACCAUCAUUGUCUACUCACGCAAACUCUAUUACGUAUACCGAAUUAAUUUUCUCCUGUACAAAAUAGCGGAGAUCAGCAUCAUCAUCGUCAUCUGCGUGCACUGGGCUGCCUGUAUGGAGUAUUAUCUACCUUUAGUAGUUGCCAAGAUAGCUGAGCAGAACAACCUAUCGUGGAUUCGAGGGUCUUACAUGGAGAAGAGAAAAACAAAAUUCGAGAUCUACCUGACAUGCAUUAAUCGAGCUAUCAUUGCACUAAUUGGAUCCACGCAUUACUUGAACGUCAGAGCAACGGAAGACAUUAUAUACAAUCUAAUCUUGUCUGUAGUCGGGUUUUUCGGAUUCGUGUAUCUGCUAGCGCGAAUCUUGCAAUUAAUGAUGACGCUUCACUCGACCAGAAAGAGGCACUCCAAGUUAAUCCAGCAGCUGCAACAGUACAUGAACUACAAGGAGUUGCCCUAUUCCUUGCAACGACGAUUGCUGAUCUACUAUAAUUAUCGCAACAAGAAGGGAUUCGAGAGGGAUAAAAUAAUCAUUAAUCACGUGUCGCCUGAUUUGCGAGAGAAACUACUUCUGCACAAUUAUCUGCGGCUACUGAGCAACGUGAAGCUCUUUGGACACUUGCCGCAGUUAAUAGUAACCCAGCUGGUCGGUGCCGUGAACUCCGAGAUCUUCAUGCCGAACGACGCGUUGGUCAAAGCCGGGACACGCGGCGAGGCCUUGUACUUCAUCGCUGCCGGCACCGUGGCCGUCUACAACAACGUCGGGAAGGAGAUCUGCCACUUGGAGGACGGUGCGUACUUUGGCGAGCUAGCCCUGGUAAUGGAGGACGAGCACUGGAUCGCCAGCGUUGUCGCCGUCGAGAUGUGCGAGGUCUACAUCCUGCUACGCACCGAUUUUCAACACGCCCUAGCACCUCAUUCCGACCUCCUGGCCCAUCUUCAGAACGUCGCCCUCGCGCGGCUGGAGCAGAUGCCGUUGCUGAAGAAGGAUUCGGACGUGUCGUUGUCGCCCGACAUUAACAUCAGCAGCAUAAAGGCCAAGAGAAGGGAUAUUGCAGGGAGAGAAUGAAGAUAAGGGUGUCUAUAUAUUUGUCAUUCUGAGUUCAAAAAAAUUUUACAUUGUCAGUAUUUAAUUUAUCUCAUUUUUAUU